AUGGAUGUGGAGAAAGUGGAUUCUUCUACACAACAUAUUCACUGCAGGAUUUUCAAUGCUCAGGGAGUUUUUCAAUACUGGUUAUCUAUAAUAUAUGCUCAUAAUCAACUGCCUCUUAGAAAUCUUCAGUGGAAGACACUCCAAGAGUAUGGGCAGAGAGAACCUUGGAUGAUCCUUGGAGACUUCAAUAAUGUGAUGAAGGUGGGAGAUAGAAUUGGAGGACACCCUGUCCAAAGCCAUGAAUAUACUGCAUUAGAGGAUAUGAUGCCUGGUUCCUUAAGUUCCAAGAUAGUUAAGGAAUUUCUUAAUGCGUAUAUCUCAGACCAUACUCCUAUUAGAGUCCAACAAAAGGAGAAUGAAGAUAGGAAACAAGGCAUAUACAGGGAGUUCAAAUUUUUGAAUUGCAUUACUGAGAAUCCUCAUAUUGGAGAUACUGAUCUCAAAGCCAUCACCUACCAUAUUACUGAUGGAGUGAAGAACAUACAAAAUGCAAGAUUGAAUCUGGCCCAGGCUGAAAAUAUGCUAGCUGCUGAUCUGUUCAACCAGGAUCACUUUGAUGAGGAGAAGAACAAGAAAGCUGGUAUCCAACAAUUAGAAGAUAGAAAUGGUCGAAUGUUAACUGAGCACAAAGAUAUUGAGGCUGAAGUUGUAAACUUCUACAAAGGGUUAGUUGGAACAGCCUCCUCCAGACUGAAACAUGUGGACAUUGUAGCUUUGAGGGAUGGCAACCAGUUGAAUGAAGAGGAUAGACAACAGAUGAUCCAACCUGUCUCUACAAAGGAAAUCUGGGAGGCCCUUCAAGGGGUGGGAGACAACAAAGCCCCUGGGGGGGACGUUACCUAUAGAUAUUUGAUUAAUGGAAAGCCUAGUCCGAGUAUUCAAGCAAAGCGUGGUCUGAGACAAGGCGACCCCAUUUCACCUAUCUUAUUUGUAUUGAUUAUGAAAUAUUUACAUAGGAGCUUGAGGAAGUUGAAACAUAUGCCUGCUUUUAAAUUUCACCCCAAAUGUAAAAAAUCAGGGAUCACCAACAUUUGCUUUGCGGAUGAUUUAAUGAUGUUUACUAGAGGUGAUCCAGUCUCUGUGCAGAUUAUGAUGAGGGAGUUCCACUUGGUCUCAGAGGCGACAGGUUUAAUGGCCAGCCCAACUAAAUGCAAGGUUUGUAGUAGAGGGAUAAAUGCAACAGUACAACAACAGAUUCUCCAAAUCACAGACUUUUCUGCAAGCGAAAUCCCAUUCAAAUAUUUAGGUGUUCCGAUGUCCUGUAGAAAGCUGAAUAUUCACCAAUGUAGGCCUCUGGUUGAUAGAAUUUUGCACAAGGGCAAUGCUGACAUGACUAGGAAGGCACCAGUGGCAUGGGAUACUGUUUGCAAUCCGAGAGUUUUGGGUGGAUUGAACAUUACGUCGUUGAAGGAGUGGAACAUAGCCACUAUGGGGAAACUGUUUUGGAAUAUUCAGGCCAAAGCCGACAAGCUUUGGGUAAAGUGGAUAUCUGCAUAUUAUCUGAAGUGUCAUUCAGCUAUGGACUGGCAGUACAAGAAUUGUUCAUGGUUGCUGGCCAAUAUUUUCAAAUGCAGAGACAAGGUCAAGGACACUGGGAUGGCAACAAGAAAAACAGUGGUUUAUAGUAGAAAGUAG